AGGUGGGUGAUCUGCUGGGCACAGGUGGGCAGAUCUAGUGGGCGCACUGCUGGGCACAGGUGGGUGGAACUUGCGGGUGGCACUGCUGGGCACCGGCUGUCAGAUCGUGAGGAAAGUACUGCUGAGAGCAGGGAUCGGCACCGAUCAUCAGGGCACUGAUGAUCAGUGCCCUGAUGACCGGUGCCCAGCAGUGCCACCCACCAGUUCCGCCCACUUGUGCCCAUCAUUGCACCCACCUGUGCCCAGCAGUGCCACCCAGCAGUGCCACACACCUGUGCCCA